AUGGUCUAUUCUAAUCUUUACACGAUUGGUAAAAGCCAGCAUAACGUUUUUAAGAUUGAGCGCACUACUCGUAAGUUUAUUGUUCCAAGUGUGCAAAAUUUAAUUUUUGGAAGACCUCAUUUUACAACCUUACCAAUACUGAGUAGCAUGUACGCCACAUUUCCUCUUGUUAAUAUCAGCAACAAUAUUUAUGCACGUGCGUCUAUGGAGCCUUAUUCUUAUAUGAUUACCACUGAAGUAGAAAAGUCCAAUUUGACAUUACUCGAUGUCUUGAGUGGUUUAGGAGGUAUGUAUUCUUUAAUUGUAGCAUUCUACGGACUGUUAUACGGUGCUAAAGCGGUAGUGCCUUGGGGUUGCGUUCAACGAAUUAAUUUAAAAUUUAUAGGUUGUAACUUUCGUAAACUAGUUCUCAACAAGUUGGACCCAAUCGCUGUAUGGGUCGAACGCCACAAAGACAAUGAAGAUGAAAGCGUAAAGAGAAACGUCGUAAUUGAGAACGCGACAGAUGUAUUUUCUAACAAGAUUAAUGAAAUAGAAAAAAGACAAGAAGCUUUGGAACUUUUUCUGCAAAAUUAUGUCGUGGAUAUGACAUUUUAUACUGAUUAUGAUAAGCGUAUUACUCAGUCAUUAGAAUGA